UCUUUUUCCAGCAUUAGUCGUUUCGAUCAGCUCAUCCCAAUCACAUACACCAUUGGGCUCUCCCUCAGAAUAUUUAGUGAGCCCCGCGAUUCUGUUGAAACGCAAAUUUUGUUCUUGAUCUCAUUAUCCUGAUCGUCCUAUUUGCGAAUAUUUAUUGUCAACUAUGAUAAGCAAAACGAUCCUGUGGUGUGCUUUGGUGGGUAGUGUUUUAUCAGCCCGCCUGGACAACCUUUAUGGAGCUCCUGCCCCACCUGGUGCUAGCCGAGGCAGUGGAGGUGAUGGAAAUUUCUUGAAUGCCCCUCGUCAGGACACACAAUUCGGUGGGGCACCCUCGAAUCAGUAUCUGCCUCCCACUGGCCAGGCUAGCAACCAGGGUGGAUAUGCUUCGGUGGCACCUCUGGGUGGAAACCAGGGUCGGGGACAAGACCAGUUUGGAUUCAGUGGCCAGCAGCCUCAACAACAGCCCCAAUCCUAUGGUGGUCAACCUGGAGGUGGAUUCCAGGGAGGAUUCCAGCAAUCUCGCACCACCCCAAUCCCGAUCCUGCGAUAUGAAAACGUGAACAACGGUGAUGGCAGCUAUCGGUUCGAUUACGCCACCGGUAAUGGAAUCCAGCACAAGGAAGAGGGAUACAAUCGCAAAAUCGGACCGGAGCUGGGAGAACAGAUCGUUUCCGGAGGAUACUCCUACACCGGGCCGGAUGGUAAGCUGUACAGCGUGCAGUACAAGGCCGAUGCCGGAGGUUUCCAGCCGGUGGGAGAUCAUCUGCCCACUCCACCACCACUGCCACAGGAGUUGCAAGAAGCCUACAAUCUGCACGCCAAACUGUACGCCGAAGCUGCCGCUCGACCAAAGAACCCAGCAUUCCAAGGCCCACAAACUUACAGCCAGCAGCAACCGAGCCAACAGUACGGAGCUCCCCAGACUCAGUACCAGGCGCCUAGCCAACAAUACGGAGCCCCUCAACAGCAGCAGCAGCCCCAAUAUCAACAGGCACCUCAACCGCAGCAAUUCCAAAGCCCUGCUGCCUCAGUUCAAGGCUAUCAGUCGGCUCCAUCGAACCAGUACUUGCCACCCACCAGCCGGCAGCAAAGUUUUAACCCACAAUCUGGAUACCGGUAUUGAGCCCCCCCCGCCCUUGGCCAAGCUCCCCCAACUGCCUGCCCUACCAUGACCCACCUCGAAACGCCUUAAACCAAACCAAGCUUCCACAAAAAAAAACCUAUCGAGGUGACCAGACCGCUAAUCUGGAACACGACUCUCAGCCGCUGACAAUACAACAAUGGAACAAUUUGCAACGAUAUGAUGCGUUAUCGAUAGGCGAUAAAUUAGCAAACGAUGAUCCAAAGUGAAAAUCUGCGCCAUGUCAAAACGCAUCAUUGAUCAGCAAGCGCAACGCAUCGAACAAUAGGACAAAGCUUUAGAUACAAAACUGAAAUGCUGCCUCGUCUCUUAAGGCGGUUGGUUGGUUGCUGCAUAUCGUCGUCUCUUCAUGCGGAUUGGGUUGUAUCAUCAUUAGCGUAGCAUUAAUUUUCUUACCGACCGUGAAUCAUAGCAUGUACAGAUACAGCAAGCACAAAGAUGAACGCAAUAAAAAAAAAUGCGAAACCAGUGAAA